UGGCACAUGGUCUGACUCUGUAUAAGGCUGCCUCCUGUGCCUCUGAAUACACCAAGUAUGGGGAAAGCCAUUGAGCUUACGUCUUGCUUGUGAGCUUCCUGUCAUGGCAUGUGGUUUCCAGAGCCAUCAGGCUGCUGGUCUAUGAUAGACCCCUUUUGCCUGAUCCAUCAGCCGGUCUCUUUUGAUGCUAUUGUGUUCUCCUUUUAUGGAUGUGUAGUUGCAUGAAUCAACUGAGAAUAAAAUACUUUCACUUUCCACUUUCGGCUAUUAAUGUGCACUCAAAACCUGCGUCAGAUUCAGAACUGUCUCUGAGAGGGACGGAGAGAGUCAGAGAGAAACAGCCAGACCAGGAACAUCUCCAGGCUGAGAAAACUGCCCAGCAGAAGUCAAGGAUUUCUGGACUGCCGUGAACCCUGAGUGGUGACUUGUCUUUCUGCGACAGGCAGCAUGGCCAAAGCCAGACCAGAUGAAGAAUUGAGAAUUCUGCUCAUUGGAAAAACAGGAUCUGGGAAGAGCACAACAGGAAACACCAUCCUGGGGACUAAAGAAUUUACAAGCACAUGUAAUCCUGGUUCAACAACCCAGGACUCCAAAAGAAAAGAUGCCACUGUAGGUGGCAGGAGAAUUGCUGUUGUUGACACACCUGGGUUCUUUGAUACAAAAAGUAAUAAAUGCUUCACACCAGAAGAGCUGAAGAAGUGCGUUAAUAUGGUCUAUCCUGGAUUUCACGCCAUCGUCGUUGUGGUAAAAACGGGCAAGAUCACAACGGAGGACCAGGAAACAUUUCGGAAAGUGAAAAGCUUCUUCAAGGAUGAAGGAAAGAAGUAUUUGAUUCUUUUAUUCACCUUUAAAGAUCAGUUAGAUAUGGAGGGUUCAACUAUAGAGAAGUUCUUAACAGGUGUUGACGGGCACCUGAAGGAUCUGAUUCAGAUGUCCAAAGGACGAUUCAUUGCUUUUAACAAUGUGGCUGGUGGAAAAGAAAAGCAGAGUCAGGUGGAGAAGCUCAUUGAGAUGAUUGAUGAGAUGGUGGCAAUCAAUGGCAGUACAAAUCUGUACACUGUGGAAAAAUCCGAAAAGGACAACUCUUGGGGGAGUUGGCUUAAGUCUUUCCUUUUUUAAACACCUGUUGAAGUCCUAAUUGUUCUAAAAUAGUUUCUUUCCAUUUUAUCUGGUUGUAUUACUGUAAGCAACUGCGGUUUUUAUCGAGAGCUUUUUAUCUUAUCAUCUGUUUUGUCUGUGGCGAGCCUGCAAGUGUGGUAGGAGUCACCCUUUGCUUGGCUUACUUGCUCCUUCUUCUUUGUAUCUUUUUGAACCUCAAUUGCCCCAAGAUGGAAAAACCUGCGUAUGGCUCCCCUUUAUCACAUACACAGCCCAACAAGGCAAUGACAAAAAUCCACCAACAGCAUACAGAUCAGUACGGCUUACCUGAUCCAAAACACCCACCCGCCCCACUCACACAUGAAAACAAAGCUCACCGCAGCCAACCACAAAUGAACAACCACACCCUAGGGCAACCCCAACCUCUCUCACCACCAAAGGAACACAAGUGAACAGCAAGGAACUUGCACAAGCAACACACUGACACAAAACCCCACAUAUAUUAAGUACUGUAUAUACUCGAGUAUAAUCCUACUUUUUCAGCACAAAAAAUGUGCUGAAAAAGCCGCCCUCGGCUUAUACUCGAGUGAGGCCAUAGCUGCCAAGUCUCCCAUAUUCCACGGGAAACCCUCAUUUUUCCAGCCGUUUCCCGCUGGCAGCCCGGAUUUUUUUAAAAAACCUGUAAAUCCCCUGGAUUCUUACCGGCCCGGGGAGGCUCCUUCUGCACGUCUGGAGUCUCUGGACAUGCGCAAAAGCAAUUUCUGGCACUGCGGCCAUUUUGGAAAUGGGCAGAGCAUGCGUAGAAGCGACUUCCGGUGCUGCUCUGCCCAGUUCCAAAAUGGCCGCAGCGCGACUUCCGCUGCUGUGCCGCAGCCGAUCCCGGAUUUUUCAGCGGCAGAGAAAGGCACAGGACUGGGGGUUCAGAGAAGCACUGCGCUGCGACUCUCCGAACCCCCGUCCUAUGCCUGCUCUGUGUGAGGCAGUGGGGAGGGAGAAGCGGCAAGGAAGGGAUCCUUCCUCGCCGCUUCUCCCCCCCACCCCGCCGCCAACAGCUGGGAAAGGCAUAGGACAGUAUUUAUUUUUAUUUUUGAAAUUUACCAGUUGCUGCUGCAUUUCCCACCCUCGGCUUAUAAUCGAGGUAAAAUUAGGUGCAUUGGCUUAUAUUCGGGUCGGCUUAUACUCGAGUAUAUACAGUGACAUAGACACAUCGGCAGUUCGGCACCCCACCGCACCCCCACUCAACACUCCCCCCUCCCCCUCUUUCCCCUUUUUCUUCCUAAUGUAACACUAAUAUCUCAACAAAUGAAACUGAUCUGUAGAAAAUGUAACUUGAAAAAAGAGACACUGCACAUACUUCUGUAAACCAAUAAAUCUUCAAUAAAAAUAUGUUGAUUAAAAAAGAGAAGAUGUUUCUGUCUUCAUUUCUUCCCAUUUGCCCACUGCAGCUUUCCUUCACUGGUGGCGUUGUUACGAGGAGUUACAAAAACAAUUCCUGACAUCAAGGGGGAAGUUAUAAAUUACAGGGGUGUGUGUGUGUGCAAAAUUGGAGCCAUAAACUUUUACUAUAAAACAAAACAAAGCUCCAACAAUAAGAUAAAAUAGUAUCACUUAUUGAUAAGAUUGGCAAGAAGCAUUGACUCCCACUAUAUGCCCUGUUAUGUACUGAGCUGAAUCCUAGAACAAUAGGAUUCAGAAUCAGCGGGAGCUACCCAAUCCAACUCCAGGUGGAAGUGAAUCCGCAACCUGAUUGGCCUGCUGGAGCAGCCAAUCAGGCGGCUGGCAGAAGUGAAUCUGCUACCUGAUUGGCCUGUAGGAGCAGCCAAUCAGGCUGCAGGCAGAAGUCAAUCCACAAUAUAAUUGGCCCACAGGUGUAGCCCUGAAGUAGCCAAUCACGCAAGGCCCAUUGUGUAAAUAAUGUAUAUAAGCAGAUGGUUUUGGGAAAAGAGCCAUUCGUCUUCUCUUCUCCUCCUUGAUGACUAUGAGCUGAAUUAAGAGCAUGAAAUUCACUCUUGACUCCGAGUAUAUUUCACUGGCGACGAAGGUGGGAUCCUGCUGAGCUGACCGCCACCACGCACUGCACCGCAGCACCGCCACCUGCUGCACCGCUGCAUCGCACCGUGCAUCCAGGCUUCAG